AUGUUUUCUCGUCAAAUUAGAAAUGUUUGCUUGAACUCGUCUUUUAAUUUCCAAUAUUCUCUAGCUUCGAAUUAUUGUAAAAUAUCAUUUCGACAGCCAAGGAAGCUAAUCUCAACAUCAACCAUGUCUAAGACAGCAUUGAUGAUCAUGGCGCAGGGUGCAGAAGAAAUGGAGACUGUUAUCACUGUGGACAUGCUAAGGAGGGCAGGAGUAUCCGUUACUCUGGCUGGCUUGGACGGUAAUGCCCCAGUAUUGUGCUCGCGACAGAUCACUGUAGUACCGGACAAGUCUCUGGCUGACGCUUUGGCUGAAAAACCGCAGUAUGAUGCGGUAAUUCUCCCUGGAGGUCUGGAGGGGUCCGAUCGUCUGUGCAAGUCGGACGUAGUCGGCUCACUGUUGAAGGAACACGAGAAUUCUGGCAAAAUUGUAGCGGCUAUAUGUGCUGCUCCAACAGCAUUUGUAGCCCACGGUGUUGCCAAGAACAAGCGUAUAACAUCAUAUCCCACUACCAAAGACAAGAUUACCGCAGACUAUACAUAUGUUGAGGGGGAGAGAGUGGUUGUUGAUGGCAACAUUGUUACUAGCCGGGGUCCCGGUACUGCAUAUUGGUUUGGACUUAAACUGAUAGAAAUGUUAGUUGGUAAGGAAAAAGCCGACCAAGUAGAGAAAGGAAUGCUUAUUUCUGGAUAU